AUGGCUGUCGUCUCUGACGGGAAGGGCGCAGCUGAAGUUGUGGUUCUGGCCCCUCCGUCAGAGUUGUUGGGGUCCUGCCUUACUGGCUACGAUUGGCUCAAUCGUUGGAACCGGCUCCGCGUCUACCACCCGCCCGGGGAAUCCAAGAAGCAAGCGAAGGCUUCUUGUCGCAUCGAACGCUUGCUUUACCGGGCCAUGAAGGAUCAUUUCCUCGACGCGGAUCCAGCAGCCGCCAAUGCGGCCCUGAGGAAAGCAUUUGGCAAGAAGAUGAUGCAGCGGCUGGAGGCUGAGAAUGCCGAAGACACCGAAGUUGACGGGAGCCGAAGGCUGGAGAUCACUGAUGUGAGGCCGCUGGAUGCAGAUGAACAAGAACAAGUCCGGGAUCAAGUUCCAGCUAAGUGGCUUCUGAUGAUUCAGGAUUCGGGGCGUUUCAUGAAUUGUAUUGAGAUCGAGGGCCAGGCCCUUCGCGAAAGAACCGAAGGCUUCUGGCGACGCCCGGGGUUGUGCAAACGUCUUGGUAUUGCGGGUGCUGCGACUGCAAGUGGUUUGGCGAUUGCUGGGCUCCUACUACUUUACCAUUUUGGUCGUCGGAGUGGUAGUCGGUUCCCCCGGAUGGCACCAAGACCACCAAUUUACAGCUCGUCUGUCUCCGACACCACGGCCUACAGCUCCUCUCCAUCCGGCACUGCGGACUCUGACCACACGACCACCAGCUCCACGUUAUUCACGACGAGAUUACCGUCCUCGACGCACAAUCAGCUCGACGCGUAUGAGGCGGAGGCGGAGAAAUACCAGCGGGCCCUGGCGCACGAUUGUUUAGUCACGUCCGAGUUCGACGUGGUGAACCAGUGUCAUCCGAAUCCCGAAAAGCGACCCGAGCCAAGCAUCGAUGAUAUCACGACACUACUUUCUGGGUAUGAGUUGGCGACGCUACGAGUACCCGACGGGACUUGCAAUGAUGCGCUUCACCGGAUGAAGCCCCAGUCGAUGGUGAAAGCAGCGCCGGGCGGUUGGAAGGCGUUAGACUGGUCCCAGGUAAACGGCGGAAAGGUAGUUUGCACUGACGAGAAUGGUCAAGACGUGACUUGUCAUUAUUUCGGCGAACCGUUCAAGUACGAUUUGCCUACUGUCUGGGAUGCGGUCAACCACUACCUGAAGCCCUACCAGUGCCUGUUCACAGAAAACCAAAAAGAUCCGGGUCAGGAGCUCGAAUACAAGGGGGGGCGAGCAAGGGGUAUUGCAAAGUGGUUAGGAGCAGACAUAUACGGAUUUGCCGGGUGGGAUCUUUGGAGAGUGGGGUAUAUGGCCGAAACUUUGAACGAAGGAGCAAAUACAAGAACACAGUAUGGGCGACAAGUCAUUCCCACUAGCUAUUGCGACAGCAACGGUCCGACAUGCCGGACAAACCUAUCGGAAUAUUGUCAAUGCGACAUGAUCGAAAUGAGUACCGUGGCCACCACUCCAUCUGGCACGACCAUUCGCUGGGGUUCGGUUAAAGACUACUUCACCAACCAGACUGAAUUGGCUAAGCACUAUACCUUAUUCCAAAGAAAAGAAUACAAAUUGACAAACUGUCGCAUAAAGUGCUAUAGACAUCCUGAUCCCGAAGAACACCUUCGGGCUUCCAGGACGUAUUGGGAAGGUGCCUUCGGUCAAACGCUUUGA